UAAAAAAGUGAUUAUUGCAGAACAAUUAAAUUAUUUACAAACAAUAAAAGCUAUUGUAAUCACAUUAACAAGUAGUAUAAAUAAAGCGAAACGAAAGCAAAAAAACAAAAAAAUAAAAAUGCAAUUGUUAAUGAAUGCACUAGUAGCCCAAGUAGAACCUGUGCCAAAAAAAUGUUGGAUGAAGCUCCGAUUAAGUACUUUUUGGGAAGAAGAAGUUCCAAAAAGAGAUGCAUCGUUUUUCAAGGAAAACUUCAGAAUGACAAUGGACACUUUUAAAGAGUUAUGCGAUUUAGUCAAAAGUAUGAAAAAACAAAACAGUAACUUUCGCAGACCAAUUCCAUUAGAGAAGAGAGUUGCCAUUGCAGUGUACGCACUUGGCUCAUCCGCGGAGUACAGAACUGUGGGCAACCUUUUCGGAGUGUCCAAAUCAUCUGUAUGCAUAAUCCUUAAAGAAUUUUGCACUGAAGUCUGGAAAAUAAUGCAACCAAUUUAUUUAAACCAGUACCCCUUAAAUGAAGCAACAAUUCGUGAUUGCAUCAAUGGUUUUAAUAUAUUAGGGUUUCCACAAUGCAUUAGUGCUAUAGACGGUUGUCACAUUGAAGUGCAUCCUCGAAAGAAUGGACCGCUUUGUUAACUGACAACGAUCCAACAUCUGAAAAUAUAAGAUCAGCCAUUGCUACAUUUUUAGAUGCUCCAAAAGAUGUUGUUUCAACCGCAGCAGUGGAAUUUGUAUCUGUUGAAGAGUUAAGUUGCUGCAGUGGAGAAGCUG